GGCACACGGCGGAAAGCCUGGUCCUGAAAAACCCGAGACAAAGACACCGCUGGAUGUAGGUGGACCUCCAGUGAUCAACAGAUCGGCAACUCCACUGUCCACUGCGAAGAAGAAGAAGAGGAUGAGGGACCCGACAGACAAUACCGGAGCCAACUGACACAUGUGAGCGACUGACAUAUUUAUUCUCGAGCCAGUCACAGAGAUAUGAACAAAAUAGCUCUCAAGAUUUGGUUUUAAUCAGCCGAUGCGAUUAUUCUUGGCAGCGGGGUAGGUUCAGUCCGUGCCAAAAUGACCAGACUAUUGUCUAGCAUCGCUGUAUCGGAAUGGGCCCGCAGGAAUUUUGGCACCGGUUUUACGCAGCAGACCACAUAGUUUAAUCGACGUUCCUCGACCGAAGGAAGACUAGUGUGACGGGCAUGGACAAAGAAUGCUUACAAAUCUCGCAGUGAUGCUAUGAGAUAAAAUAAAAACCCAUCAGUGAAACACCCUGCUGGUUCCAACUUCCUCCCGAGAAGUGGAGCAGAUAAUCAACGGCGGGAUUCAAGUUUGGACCUCACCAAGUCCAAAACGACCUUCCCCUCCCAAGAAAAAGAUCAUCUUAUAUCUUAAAGCAUCUUCACAGACUCGCAUAGCGAGUCUGUGAGCAGGUGAGAGAGGGACACUGUCUGCCCCACUGUCCAGCGACACCAUGAGCUGGAGCUUCCUCACGCGGCUGCUGGAGGAGAUCCACAACCACUCCACCUUCGUGGGGAAGCUGUGGCUCACCGUGCUCAUCGUCUUCCGCAUCGUUCUCACUGCCGUUGGGGGAGAAUCCAUCUACUACGAUGAACAGAGCAAGUUUGUCUGUAAUUCGGGCCAGCCAGGUUGCGAGAAUGUCUGCUACGACGCCUUCGCCCCUCUAUCUCACGUCCGCUUCUGGGUCUUCCAGAUCAUCUUGGUGGCAAUGCCUUCUCUCAUGUACAUGGGGUAUGCUGUCAACAAGAUUGCACGAUUAGAUGAAGCCAAAGGGGGAGCUGGUUCUGCUGCUGUUAGAACAGGAGGAGGGGGCUACACACACAGGAAGCCCAGGAAAAUCUGCUUUGGAGCGCGCCAGCACCGGGGCAUCGAGGAGACUGAGGAGGACCAGGAGGAUGAUCCCAUGAUCUAUGAGGUGCCAGAGAUUGAACCUCCAAAAAGGCCACGAGAUCCACUGCAACCCGCACCCAGACCCAAAGUCCGCCAUGACGGCCGCAAGCGUAUCCAAGAUGAGGGGCUGAUGCGGGUCUACGUCUUGCAGCUGGUGACUCGCACAGUGCUGGAAGCAGGGUUCCUUGCAGGCCAGUAUCUGCUGUAUGGGUUUCGUGUGAUGCCAGUGUUUGUGUGCUCGGGUAAACCUUGUCCCCACAGUGUUGACUGCUUUGUGUCAAGGCCUACAGAGAAGACCAUCUUCCUGCGCAUCAUGUAUGGUGUCACCGUCCUCUGCCUCAUGCUCAAUAUUUGGGAGAUGCUCCAUUUGGGGAUUGGUACCAUCUGUGACAUUCUUCGCCGUCGGCGCUGCCCACCUCAAGAGGACGAGUACCAGUUGGGCUUGCUGGGCACCACCGGGGGUGUGGAGGGCUCAGUAGGGGGACCAGGGCCGGAAGCAGGUUCUGAGGGAGGAGUGGGUGGAGAUGGGGCUGCCGAUUAUGUUGGCUACCCUUUCUCAUGGAACACCCCAUCCGCUCCACCAGGCUACAACAUUGUGGUAAAGCCAGAGCAGAUGCCCUACACAGACCUUAGCAACGCAAAGAUGGCAUGCAAGCAGAACCGGGCAAACAUUGCCCAAGAGGAGCAGCAGCAGUUUGGUAGCAAUGAGGAUAAUUUUCCUACUGGAGGGGAGGCCCGUGUGGCUCUGAACAAAGACAUGAUUCAGCAAGCUCAUGAGCAACUGGAGGCCGCCAUUCAGGCCUACAGUCAGCAGCACCGGGCAGAGGAGCAGCUUGGGGACAACCAGGACGACAAGCCCCAAAGUAACAUCAUCCAGGCUCAACCGCAGCCACAGACGCAGACUCAGAAGGAGCGUAAGCAUAGACUCAAGCAUGGGAAAGGAGGCAGCAGUGGAGGAGGCAGCAGCAGCAACAGCAGCAGCAGCAAAUCAGGAGAGGGAAAGCCCUCUGUAUGGAUUUAAACACAGAAAUAGUGACAUAUAUUAAAACCAUGUAUAUAUUAAGGAUUGGAUGACAAGCUGUUGCAGUCUUUCUUGGAUACUUAAACACCACUGUGCCUUAAAGAAUCCUGCAAGCUGGAGAAGAUGUGUUUUUGUGUACUGAGGUGUGUAAAAAAAAAAAACGUGAUGUUGCAGCUGACAAUUUGUUUUGUCUGGGCUAUCACUGUCAAACUUGAAACAUCACACCAACACAAACUGUAUUAGGCUACAGUCAUUUUCAUGUCUCGUUCUCCUCAAGUCCUAAAGCAGAUCAUUGACCUCUGUUGUCUUCCUGUUCAUCCUUUCUUAGGGAUUUGAGCUUUGGAAAAUUACUGAAUGAUAAUGAGUUCUGUUGCAAAUCAGAUUGAUCCCAGAUUUGGCUUAGCUCUUUUUCUGGCCGCUCCUCUGCAAAGACACUGACUCCAUUAAUACAUUGGCAUCCUAAUUCUUCGGACAUCAAAAUACAAUGACAUCAAGUACCAUCAUAAUGCAAAGGCAAUGGGAUGCCAUGUCAUCACUAUGCCCUGGCAAACUAAAGCAGUGACUUCAUAUUGUAAUGACGUCAUUACAACAUAAAUGCAAUAAAAUGAAACAACAUAAUUCAAUGGCAGCGCCUAAAGCAGUGACUUUUUAAUGCAGUGAGAGGAUCACCUUCCUGAAGGCAGUGUCCUGUCAGUCAUGUUCUGUGUCUGCUUUCUCUCCAGAGUCAGUAACAGUCUUAUGUUGCUGUGACUUUGCAUUUGACCGUGUGUUUGUAUAUGUUCAGUGUGUGUAUUUUGAAACCAGUGCUACACCAGCUGCUGCUCAGGAACUGAUGAGUACAGCAGUUGGGCUUUUUAUCCAGUCCACAUCUGAGAUUUCCUGAAAGAAAAUGUUCAUUUUACACAAGGUGCAUAAGCAAUCCAGUUUUUUAUAACUUCUCAGUUUCUCUCUGGCUCUUUAUGGCUGUUGAACAAGGCGCUCAGUUCUCCACUAGUGUUUCCAUCUGCCUUGUAGUUGACUGCCCUCUGGUGGUAUCUUCCAUGAUGCUUCCUGUAUACGGGAGUAGAUAUCAGUUGCCAACGCUACCUGCAUCCAGCAACACCUUAACCAGUUGUAAUGUUCCUUUUCUAUUGACAAGCCUUGUGUCAGUCAAGUCUUCCCAGCAGUACAAGUUCAGUGUUAGAUGCACAAGGCUGCAAUAUCACCAUGCGUUAUGGAAAAGGUUUAAAGCCAUUACUAUAAUAUAGUGAGACCAAACACUGUUUGUGUGAUGCAAGUGUCAGUGCCAAGAUUUUACACUAGGCUGCUAUGAGGCCUGGUUGUUUGUAGCUUUGGAAUACUGUGGCCAUGCUACUCCAAUCAUGGAAAAAUGCCUACGUAAGACCAACCCUUUUUAUAAGAGUCACUUCUUUUUUGUAUUACAGUAUGUGUAUUGCU